CCCGCCCGCCCUCCUCCGGACUGGGACCAGCAGAGCCAGCAGCGCUGCCGUGGGAGCCUCUCGGUGUUCCCUGCACCGCUGCUGUCCUGCGUGCCCUGCCGGGCAACCGCUGGGCCAGGACGACCUCGCCACCAGACCGGGUCAGUGCAGGAGCGGUGGCAGCCGGGAGAGCCCCUGGGGACUCAGCGAUGCUGGGACUGCGCCCGCAGCCGCUUCGGGACCGGUGAGCAGGGUGGGGGAAAGCCCCAUGGGGCUUCAUCUGCUUGAGGGGCCGGGCCAGCAUGGAGCCAGCCAGCGCCCUUCCCAACACCUCCGGUAACGGCAGCGGCGCUGGCAGUGCCCCACACUCACCCGCAGCCACGGGGCUCAUCUUGCUGGCAGCCCUGGCCGUCCUGCUGGCCACGCUGGUGGGCAACGCUCUGGUGGUGGUGGCCAUCUCCACCAGCCGGGCCCUGCAAGCCCCACAGAACCUCUUCCUCGUGUCCCUGGCCUCGGCAGACAUCCUGGUGGCCGUCCUCGUCCUGCCCUUCUCGCUGGCCAACGAGGUGAUGGGCUACUGGUACUUUGGCGGGCUGUGGUGCAGCCUGUACCUGGCGCUGGACGUGCUGCUCUGCACCGCGUCCAUCGGGCACCUCUGUGCCAUCAGCCUCGACCGCUACUGGGCCGUCACACGGGCGGCACGGCUCAACCUGCGCCGCAGCCCGCGCCGCGUGAGGGCCAUGAUCGGGGCGGUCUGGGCGGCGGCGGCCCUGGUGGCACUGCCACCGCUCCUGCGGCCACGGCCGGGCGGGCGGGAGUGCCAGCUGAGCCAGGAGACCUGGUACGUGCUGGCCUCCUGCGCCGCCUCCUUCUUCGUCCCCUGCCUCGUCAUGGUGGCCGUGUACUGCCGCAUCUACCGCCUGACGGCCCGGCGGACGGCCGCCCUGCUCGCUGCCCGCUCCCCGCGCCCCGCCAGCAGCGACGGGAAGGUGUCGGGCGUUGGGAUGCUGAGAUGGCACCGCCGGAGCCAGCACCAGAGCGUGUUGCUGUGCCGUCGGCGGCUGGUGAGGGCGAGGGAGCGGCGCUUCACUGUGGUGCUGGCUGUGGUGAUGGGCGCCUUCGUGCUGUGCUGGUUCCCCUUCUUCUUCACCUACAGCCUGGGGGCUCUCUGUGGGCAGGGCUGCCACGUCUCCAAGCCCCUCUUCAACUUCUUCUUCUGGAUUGGCUACUGCAACAGCAGCAUCAACCCCCUCAUCUACACCCUCUUCAACCGGGACUUCCGCGCUGCCUUCCGCCGGCUCCUCGCCGUCCCCCACUGGCACCGCACUUAGGGACCUAUUUUGGGACACUAGGGACGUGGCCCCCAGCCCUGCUCAGCGUUCACAGCACCUGGCCCCACCACAGACCCUGGACGACAGUGCCAGCAUGCAGCUUGAGGUGCUUCUGGAAAUGCAGGAUUGAAUAAAACGAGACCAGAUCCGGUGCCUGGGGCUGGCGUCUGCCUCCAGGGAGCUCAGAAAGUGGCACCAACCGCCAGCACCUUUUGUCACCCGCAUCACCCCACGCGUAUGCCUUGCAGCAGUGGUGGUGACAACUUGCUGUGGCAGCUUCAGUGAGUACCAGCCCUCCCCGCUCUCAGAUGAAUGUCUGUGUCCCCCAGAGUGUAGGGGAUGGACCCAUGGCUGCUGUGAGGAGGCAAAACGCUCCCCGUGGCAGCGUCACCAGCACUGGACUGAGCUGGCUGUGCCACCACAGCAGCUCAGUCCGAGAGCUCUGUGCCUCUGUGUCCCCUCUGGGAACAUGCCAGCUGUGCUGU